AUGGGCGUGAAAAGAAGAAUUCAAGAUUUCAUAUCUUCCCUCUUCGACUAUGAAGAUGGGCCAGGGCCAGCCAAAAGAACAGCAACUGGCGUUGAAGAACCCCCAAAAGAUGAACCUGUCACCCAAGAUCUGCCCAAGAUGGGUAUAGAAUCAGCAAACCAAGCCUUGAAUACUAUGGAGAUUCUGGAAAUGAUUCUGGUUCAAACGGAUAUGCGCACGCUUCUCGUAUCUGCGCAACGAGUCUGUCACAAAUGGGCGGACUUGAUCGCCCAUUCACCCUCAAUCCAAAAGACCUUGUUCUUUACCCCCAUCCAAGAGUCAGAGUGGGGAACUGGAAUACAAAUAUUCAACCCGAUCUUGACAAAGACGAUUAACUCGUCUUUUCCCUUCAAUAAUGAACCGGACAAUUGGCAAGACUUCAGACUUUCUGCCUUUAUGAUGACCAAAGAUCACUCGGGCGUGGCUGCAUUCACACGGAAAAAUGCUAGCUGGCGUAAGAUGCUUGUCCAACAGCCUCCUACCCCGGGUAUUGGUAUUCUGGACACUGCUAGCAGCAGGGGCGGCACUUCGGCUAGAUUCAGCCACAUCUUGGCGGACCAAGAGAUGGAAGAAUCUGGUCAAAACUGGCUGCUAGACGGUAAUAAGAGGAUCAGCAAUGAGUUCUCUCGGAUGCUAGACGAGUUCGGUUUGAUCUUGCAUAUAUCUAGGAUCAUACAGUGUGUUAGGGGCGCCCGCGUUCAUCCGACUCAUGAAGAUUCUCUCCAAAGACAGGCUCUCCAGGAUUAUGUGAAACAAGGCUUUAAUCUUUGUAACACGGGGAAGAAGAUAGAAGAGUCGUUGUCUAAACACACCAUUAUUCGUGCACCAAGAUGGGAGCAAGACAGUGAAGAGGACGAGGACGAGGACGAUGAUGAUGACGGUGUUCGAAAGUGA